AUGUCCCAAUACGCCGCCACAGCAAGGACCCUCUCUCGAGCCCCUCUAGCAGGAAAGGCCUUCUCCCCCGCCCUCCCAACUCUGGGUAGGGUAGCACCCCCGUAUCAAUCCAAGUGGAAGCGAACAGAACCUGUGCCGCUUUCGGGAGAGAACUUCCUCGAUGUCCUGUUUAACCGGACACCCGUGAUCAAGCAACCUGGCUUCCUUGGUCGUGAGGAGUGCUUCGCUCAUGAGAAGGCGUUGAGUCAUAGGAUCGCGCCGUAUAGGUAUUACACUGGACCUCUUUUGCAGAGGGUUGGGUGUGCGCAGUUCGAGUACCAGGCGCAAGCUGCGGCUGACUUUGAGAAUCGCAAGAAUGAAAAGGAAGAGUACUUCAAGGUCGCACAGUCUCUGAGUGGGCUUCAUCAAGAGGUUGCAGAUCAGACAGGAGUCAAUGCCUGGGAGAAAGUCAUCGGAACUCUUCGGGCACUGCUACCCGAAUAUGAGAUCGUUCGUGCGUCAGAAGGGCCGGGCAAGACAUACUUCUCAGGUAACUUCCGUGCCUUGAACGAUUCAACUUGUCUUCACUGUGACUGGACGCCGUAUGAUGCUGCUACUGAAGACUGGAUCAUCAAUCAGGUCACUCAUCAGGCCGUGUUCAACUUGUACAUGGCGCCUGUAAAGGGUGGCAGGACUUGGGUUCAUGACGUUGAGUGGAGCGAGGAGUGCCUCAACUUUAGAGAUCCUGACACUUAUGGCUAUCGUGAUGAGAUCAUUCAUGGCCGGCAGAAUGUCGUCGUCAAGCCUGAGGUUGGUGACCUAUGGUUCUUCAACUCAAGGAACAUGCAUCAGGUUGAGAAAGUUGAGCCAGAGCCUUGCCCUGAGCUCGGUCUGCCGUACAGACCACGACUAUGUCUCAGCAGCUUCAUUGGACUUCUACCUGAGCACAAUACUGGAGGCCGUCCUCGAUUGAUAUUGUGGUCGUGA